UCGCGGUAAACAUCAAGUUUCCCAAGUUUCAAGAUGGCGAAGCACCACCCCGAUUUGAUUUUCUGCCGAAAGCAAGCCGGCGUUGCCAUCGGGCGCCUCUGCGAGAAGUGCGACGGAAAGUGUGUCAUCUGCGACUCCUACGUGAGGCCUUGCACGCUGGUUCGUAUCUGCGACGAGUGCAACUAUGGAUCCUACCAGGGCAGAUGCGUGAUCUGUGGCGGUCCAGGGGUCUCCGACGCCUACUACUGCAAGGAGUGCACCAUCCAGGAGAAAGACAGGGACGGAUGUCCGAAAAUUGUCAACCUUGGCAGCUCGAAGACUGACCUGUUUUACGAACGAAAGAAAUACGGCUUCAAAAAGAGAUGACAGCGUCGCGGCGAAGCCUCCUUGCCGGCGUGGUCGAGGCUUCUGUCAAGUUCAAUUUUCUCAUCUCUGAAACAUCUUCUGUCAGUUUUGUCUUUCUGAAUAAUUCACUUCAAUAAAUUUGUAACACGAGUAA